UUAAAAAAAUUACUAAGCAGGGUAGAAAUUUUAUAUUCGAUAGAUUUCCUGGGGGUACUUAAUUAUCAGUUAGACUGAACAAUCAUAUUAAGUGAUUUCAUAGGAGGUUCCCUUCUCUAUCACUAUGUCUCCUUCCUAUUGACAUGUAUAAAAGGGAAGAAACUUUUCUUUAAAGAGGAAGGGUCCCAGGAUAUAUACUUGGGGGACUCACACUUUGGCAAAUUGGGAGAUCUCUCAAUAUUCCUGAAAGUUCCUUGACCUUGUAUUUUGGGCCAUGUCAUGAUUACGUGCCACUUGAGGUAGUCAAUUUGGUGAAGCAUCCUGGCAGUUGGUUUGAAAUAUAACGAGUUCAAUUUGAUAAGUCUAGAGAGACCAUUUUCAGUUUAUUUAAAUAUAUACAUGUUUAACUAGCGAUGAGCUAUUACAUUCACAGAGUAUAUAUUUGCAAUGUCAGAAUGCAAAUAAUUGCAUAUAUUUAUAGUUUUUGCUAGUUUGGACACACUGAUUUUCUUACCUGACAACCCAUUCUGUAACCAAGUUCAAUUUUGAUUAUUAAAAUAUAAUUAUUUGUAAUGGGUGAAUGAAAUAAUUCGUUGGGAGGCACUUAACAGAGACAUUCCAUUACAUUUUAUUACAUUAUGAAAUAGCCUAUUAAACAAUUACUAAAUACCAUACUGAGGCUUAACAAUUGAAUUACAUGGAAGACCGAUAUGUCUUGCGAAUGAAUAAUUACUUUAUAUGAUCAUAUAUAUUUAUUGUUUGUAUUAAUAUUAUUAUGAUAUGCACAGACAACUUAUUCAAAAGACUCUACCUAGUUCAUACAUAAUUUGAGAAUUUACAAAAAGAUGAAUUACCCAAACUGUUGCUCAAUAAUGAGCAACCAUUUCAUUUGAAAUAACUAGAAAAUGUUGUAUUGAAAGAUUAUUUGAAGAGUUCACUUUUAAGAGGCAGGUGAAUAAAAAAACAAUUCUUGAAAUUUUGUUCAUAUUUCCAGAUAAGUUCUUCGGGUACUUUCCAGUGUUUUUCUGUUUCUAGGUAUCAACCAAAGGACAUUGGCCAUGUCAAAGGUUGUUUGGAAUCAUAACAUUGAUCGGCAGUCUUAUCUAUAGAGAGAUAUAUGCCAUUGUCUUCCUCUGUGCUGCUUCAGGCAAGUUACCUAAUGUCUUGAGAACCUCAUCACCUGCUACAAAAUUUAAAGAAAUUGUUAGGAUUGGGUCGUGUUUUCAAAAUUAUUCCUAAAACUAUUUGAAAUCAUUUGGGUAUGGUUUCAAUAGUAGUGGCAGCAUUGAUUUGGGACUGAAUAGGUGAAAUAAAUGAAAUAUAAAAAUUUGCUAGACUGAUGUUCAUUGAUAAUCAACCUGUUAAUCUAAAAAAAAAGAUAUUUUGUGACUGACUUUAAUCCCCCCCUCAAUUGUACAAUACAAUAAAGUCAUUUCUAUAGCACUCUUACAAACUAAUUGUUGUUUCACAGCGCUUUACAUAAAUUUAUCAAAGAAUCUGUUGUUGAUCAUGGUCAAAGAGGAAAGUUUGGAGACAUUUUCGGAAGACAUCCAGCGAAGGUGAUAGACAAAUAAAAUUUGGAAGCCCUUUCCAGAGUCGAGGAGCACGUGCCUGGAAACAUUGUCGCCAGCUAUGGUGUAUGUUCGAGGAAUGUGUUGUAAAAGAAAAAUGACCAUGGAAAAGACAAGGCUUCAUGCUCUGGCCUAUUACACACAGUGCAGGGUUCAAGCAUGCUCCGAGUCAAAUUUAGCAAGGUGUUUAAUCUGAGGACAUUGUGACAUCAUGCCAUCAGUAGUCGAUAUUCUCAUUCUCAUUCAGCAUGUUCCUCUCAAUAAGUCUCCAGUCAAGGAACCCCUCAUCUGCUUUGAGAAAGGCAGGAUAAGGUUUAUUUGUUGCAGUGACUGACAGUGACAGAGACAAAGGUUGCUUUGGUAUCUUACGCAAGUCGUCUUCUUCGCACGUAGGCUAGCUGGUAUCGGUCGAUCAAGUAGUCAUGGGAACUUCAUCACCUGGCCUGAGAGGACUGCGUCCCUGGACGUUCAUUUAAUCCACUAUCCAUCUUUGGAGUGACUGAGUCAAAGGUUGCUUUGGUAUCUUAUGCAAGAUCUCUUCUCGGCACGUAGGCUAACUGAAAUCGGCCAAUCCAGUCGUCAUGGGAACUUCAUCACCUGGUACCAGAGGAUUCAGAGUCUGUCUAUAUCAAGAGGAUCUUUGACAUGGUCUAUCUCAUUCUGAAGGUUGUUGGCUUGUACCAACCAAAGAACACCUCAGUAUUCUCCAUCCUGCAACAGCCCAGAUAAAAAGAUGUACUGUUGUAUUGUAGUUCUGUGCCUGUUGGCAGCAGCCCAGGCUGACUACAAGAACCCAAAUACUGCUGGGGGUCGGUCUGCCAUGGUUCAUCUCUUUGAGUGGCCCUGGAGAUCUAUUGCAAGAGAAUGUGAAGACUUCCUAGGCCCCAAUGGCUUUGGUGGUGUCCAGGUUUCUCCUCCCAAUGAACACCGCAUCAUCGACCGGCCAGAUUGGGACAACAACGUGGUGCGUCCAUGGUACGAGAGCUACCAGCCAAUCAGCUACAAGCUCGAGAGUCGUCGUGGUAACCGGGCAGAGUUCAUUGACAUGGUACAGCGUUGUAACAAUGCUGGAGUGAGGAUCUAUGUGGAUGCUGUUGUCAAUCAUAUGUGCGGUGAAGAUGCAAUGACUGGUGUAGGAAGUGGCUCUUCUCCCUAUGAAACACAAACCUUCAACUUUUAUGGAGUACCCUACACAUCACCCAAUUUCAACGUACCAAAUGGCAACUGCGGCACUGGCAGUGGUAAAAUUGAGAACUAUGGUGAUGUAAAUCAGGUACGCAACUGUAACUUGGUAGGACUCAUGGAUCUGAUAACUGGUGACGAUUAUGUCAGGGGUAAAAUUGUAGACUACUUCAAUGAUGUGAUUGACAUCGGUGUUGCCGGGUUCCGUGUUGAUGCUGCCAAGCACAUGUGGCCUGAAGACUGUCAGGCAAUCUUUGAUGGGACCAAUAACCUGAACACGGCCUACUUCCCUGAGAACUCUCGAGCUCUCUUCUACCAGGAGGUGAUCGACAAGGGUGGAGAACCUGUUACUGCUGGGCAGUAUAAAGAUUUUGGUAGAGUCACAGACUUUAUCUACGGAGGAACGGUCAGUGCGGCUUUUGGUGGUAGGAUGUCUCUUAACGAUUUGCAGAAUUUCGGCAGUGGAAAUGGUGCUCAUCAUAAUCUAUACGAUAAUGAUGCUCUGGUUUUCGUUGAUAACCAUGACAACCAACGUGGUCAUGGUGGGGGUGGUAGCCUUCUUACAUUCAAUCAGGCAGAUGACUACAAGCUGGCUAUUGCCUUUAUGCUGUCAUGGCCACAUGGUUUCCCACGUAUCAUGAGCAGCUAUAAGUUUGAUCAAGAUUGGACUGGACCUCCUGCCGACAAUGAUUGGAACACUGUAGAACCAACCUUCAAUGCUGAUGGAUCUUGUGUAUCAACUGAUUCCUAUGGUUGGGUCUGUGAACAUCGCUGGAGGGGUAUCAAGAACAUGGUGGAGUGGCGUAACCAAGCCGGUACUGAGCCUGUUGAGAACUUCUGGGGUGAUUACAGUAGGUUGGCUUUCUCCCGAGGUAAUCGUGCUUUCAUUGCUAUUGGUCGUGGUGGUUCAUCCAUCAAUGAGCGACUUCAAACUGGUCUCCCUUCUGGCGAAUACUGUAACAUGGCUGUGGUGGAUUAUGAUUCAAGUGCUAAAUCUUGCACUGGUCAUAGCACUGUGAUUGUCGAUUCUUCUGGGUAUGCUGACAUCUCCAUAAGUGGAAACGGUGCGGAUAACCUGCUGUUCAUCCAUGUUGGUGCCUCGAAGGAUGGACCCAUUGUAGCUCCCACCUCUGGCCCAGGUGAACCAACCCUAGUCCCAACCCAAGGACCGACCGGAGGACCACAACCAACCUCCCCAGCUGGAUGGGAGCGCACUGUCAUCUUCAUCUACAAGCCCACAUCAAAUGGACAAGAUGUCUUUGUUCGUGGUGGUAUUGACCAUUCUAAACGUAGCGGGUGCAGCAACAAUGCAGACAGCAACAACAACUGUGCAAUGCCUAUCACCCACAGAAUUGGAGGAGGUAACUCCAAAUUCAAUGACUGGAAAUCCGGUGAUGAUUUCCUAGAUUGGUACGGAGCAGAAUCUGAUCAAGGUAAGAAUCAAGGACAGUCUGCAGAGGGUACUCCCUUGGUCUGGACAACCAAUGAUGCUGGCUACCAGCAUAAAGUGGAUACCGAUGGGUAUGGCUACACCAGUCUUAACGUAUGGGGAGAACACUACUGGAUGCUGGAUAUGAACAUGGACUGCAGCAAGACUGAAGAAGGAUGGUUUGAGCUCAAGGGUAUCUUGAAAUCCGGUGGUGCUGAAUGGGAGAGUGACCGCAAUCAGGGAUCAUGUAGUGGCAGCGCAGGUGGCAGUGCCCCAUAUUCCACAGGCAAUCACUUUGCUCGAUGUGGAUAUCUCAACAAGUUCUCCUUCAACAGCAAUGAUUGCCAGAUUGAUAACUUGUAAUCAUCUUUAUGGAGCUCCUUCUACUCCAAGGUUUUUCCUUUUGUGCAAUAAUGUUUUUGAUCAAAUUGCUUUGAUGCAUAGCAUCAAAACUUAAAUCUUCAUUGAUAAUACAUACCUGUACAUGUAAUGUACAGAAAAUUUAAUAUGCUGUAUGCAUAAUAUUUAAUACAUGACAGAUUAAUUAUAGACAUCCCAUGAAAUCCAUUUGAAAAUUGGACAAAGGUAUAAUACCUGAUAUAUUGUAGCAGUAACUGUACAUCAUUCAUUUCAUGGAAAUGUUGCCUUGCACUGGACAGGAAAAUACUAAUAAAAGAUGGGUUGAGAUGAUA